CAGAGCAUGCGUUCUUUAUGAUUAUUAUAUUUGAUUCGAUUUUAUCAUUGUUUCCAUGCAGUUGAUGUGCAAUUUUGUAUGCAUGUUAUGAGGAAAUGAACGAUAAGGAUUUUUGGAUAUUUGUUUAUAAUAAAUCUUUUGUAAGAUUUAAAUAACAUGGAAGAUAAUUUGCCAAGUAGUAAUAAUUUUGGUGAGGAGGAUAACGAUAGUGAUUUAGAAUCCAGAUUAUAUGCUAACAUUUAUCAUGUGCCAGUAGAAUCUGAGGUUCCUACUGAAAAGCCAGUUACUUCAAAAAGUUUUCCUAAUAAGACAAAGAACAUGGAUAAUAUUGCAAUAUUAGAUAAUGAUAAACAAAAUGCGAAAAGUAAUUCGAACGAAUCUUUUCGACAAAAUGAACAAGUAAUUAAUAACGAUUUGAAAAAAGUUACACAUGUAAAUUUGAUUGAAAAUGUACAGAAUAGAGAUACAGAUCCUUAUGUGUUUAAUGAAAUUGUUGAAGAGGAAGAAAGUAUCAAGCUCAGGAGAAAAAAGAGUAAAAAAAAGAAAGCGAAAAAUUCUGAAAAUUUGUUCUCUGAAGUUCUUAAUAAGGGUAACAGUUCAUUAGACGAUCAUUCUACUAUUAAACAAUCUGAUAUUACAAAUAUCAAUACUUCAAAGAAUAAAUGUAAAGAAUCGAAACAGAAGAAACAAAACACAGAAAAUUUAAUCACUAAGAUAGGUUCACUAGGUUCACAAGAAUCUAUUAAACAAAUUCAUAAUAAGAAACAUAAGGAAACUACACAAAUAGAAAGUAAGUACACUACCCUUGAUAAAGCAGAUAAGAAAAAGUUACAUGAUGCUGAGCGUUGCAAAAAUAAAAAAAAAGCUGAGAUCGAUUCUGAUUCGGAUGAAUCUAUAUUAGAAUUACCAGUUCCUCCUAAACCUCAGCCACCUGUCAUUAAUUUAAAUGAUUCCGAUGAAGAGAACGCAGUGAUUAGUAAGAAGAAAACGAAGAAAAAAAAAUCUUUUAAUCAUUCAGAUUUAUAUACGAGUAAUUUCAAAGAUCAAGUGAAAAAAGCACUAUCCAAAUCGCAAUCUGAAUUAAAAUCUUUAAACGACUCAGAAAUUUCAAUGGAGAUGGAGGACAUUGUUUUAAAUUGCACAGAAAUAUGUAAAGGCGCUUCCAAUAUUAAUGAAAUUAAAGAAAUGAAGAAAAGUGCUCAGAAAAAACUAGAUUUUACAAAGGAAGUAAAUUCAAAUGUUCAACAACAAUCCAAUAAAGUUAAUAAUAAAAAAAAUAAGUCUGGAAAAAAAAUGGUUGAUUCGAACAAUAAACAUUUAGAGAAUAAAAAUAAAAGCAAUGUAGACCAAAACCUUGUUGAAGAACAAAAUAAUACAUUAGCAUCCAUGUGUACCACAAAAAAUUUACAAAAUGAUACAUCCGAAACUAAUUUAGGAAAUACAAAUAUAGAUUUCACGCAAGAUAUAUUGCCUGAUAAUGAAUAUGUUAUGUCGCAGAAUAUAUCAAGUCCAAAUAAUAAAAGACAAUUGGAAAGGGAAAAUGAAGAAAAUAUUGACAAUGUUAAACGAACAAAACAAAGUGAAAAAUGUUCUAAAAAUCAAGCGAGUACAAGCAGUACUAGUAACGAGCAAGAGAAUAAAAAUAAAUCGGACAAUUCCUUUUUUCAACCUAUGUCUAAAAAGUUAAAAGCUUUUUAUAAUAAUCCUCGUGGUCAAGAGAACUUUGAUGUUAAAGAAAUUCAAAGAAAAAUGUCCAAAGAUCCACGACUUUGGGCUAUUUUAGAUGAUGAUUUGACAUUAAAACCCAAGAAUCUAAGAUGGAAAUUAAGAUGUACUUACUGCCAUCAAAGUGGUCAUAUGAGAUAUAAUUGCAAAGAAGUAAAAAAAUCAACUACAUGCUAUAUAUGCGGCCUUGACAGUCAUAGAGGAUCACGGUGUAUACAAAGAUUCUGUCUCACGUGUGGUAAAAAACAAGACACGUUCAGACCAACUUGCGAAACCUGCAGAAAGCUUUAUUGUAAAAUGUGUUCUGCAGUAGGUCAUGUUCAUACCGAAUGUCCAGAUCUUUGGAGGAGAUAUCAUCAAACAACAACUACAGAUCAAAUAAGUAUUCCUUUAAACGUAUUGGGUGUAAUGAAGCCUGCCGAUCGUCUCUUUUGCUGUAACUGUACAAAACGAGGUCAUGAUUCCUCUACGUGUGAAGACUACAGAUGGUCGCAACAUUUUCCUACACCAUCGUUUGUAUCAAAUUAUACAGAUGGUCCAACUUAUGUUGAUAACAUAAAUGAGGUAAAUGACAAUAACACGCUGAACGCAAUCAGUGAAAAGUCUAAUAAAGACAUAAUUACUAAUGUCCAUGUAUCGGACAAUCUUUUGCCAUUUCCUAAAGAAUUAAUAAAAAAAAAUAUAAGCCAAAAGAAAGCAUUUCCAAAAAAUGUGUGGGAAAAAAAACGUAAUAUUGCUUUUGUCAUAUAUGAGUGUGGUUAUUUUUAUACAAUAGAAAAUAAUGGAAUGGAAAUUACAUAUAUUAUAACCGCAAGAAAAGGUUUCAACACGUACAACAUAAUGGAAUGUAAAGUUGUUCCAUAUUUUGUAGAAAAGUUGCAGAAUCUAUUUAUGUUUCAUGUGAAAAUAUAUAAAACAAAAGGUUCAAACAAUGAAAUAGUCUUGCGCGUCAGAACAUUUGCUCAUUUAAUAAAUGGCUUAUGCAGGCUUAUUCUAUAUUGGCUAAGUCUUGAUGAUGAUGAAAAGAAUCACGUAAUGUUUAUGGAUUUACCAUUACAACGAACAGAUUUGAUACAUUUUUUAGAAUCAGAAAUAAGUAAAUUACGAAAAGAAACGGGUAAUGCUCUUGAUCUAUAUAAUACCAUAAAUUCGAUAAAAGGUGAAUUAUAUAGUUCAAUAAAUGAAGAAGUACAUGUAAAUUUGGUGACUCGUUUAAGAGUGACACAGAAGAAAUUACUUUCGAUAUUGAAUAAUCAUCCUAAUUUACGGACAAUUCUUGAAGAAAUUCACGAAUUUAUUCAAAUUCUAAAACAAUUAACAGGAACGGAUGUACCUCUUCAGGCAUACCUUCAAAUUCUAACAGUCUAUAAUUUUGUAUUUGUACCUCACACUCCACCAAAAUCUUUUGUAAAUAAGUAUGGUAAAUAUUCAAGUCCAAAGCUAAACAGAAAUACACGUAAGUGUAAUGCUAAGACUAAUUCUCUCUCGAAAAAUAUUCCAGUUUGGGAAGAUUUACACAUGCAAAAUAAAAUGAACCAAUCAUUUAUUGACAUUUUACCAAAUAAUCCAGAUUAUCAACUAAGUCAAGGAUCUAAUAGUAAUAAUCUAACAGUUUGUUAUCCUGUUCAAAAUGAACCUUCAAAUAGAAAUGAUUUUAUACAUUUAGAAAAUUCAACAGCAACAGAUAGUCACAUGGUAUAUAAUAAUUCAAUUGAAUAUAGUAAUAGAACGGAGAAGAAUAUUAAUCCCCAGAAUUACAGGAUUUCAGAAUAUAAUUAUAUACCAGAACCAGCUAUAGUUCCAAAUGAAUGUUACAAUGAUAAUAAUGCUUUAGAUAGAAAUACAAUUGAUUAUAAUUUGCCAUCUACGUCGUACGAUUUAUAUCCAGUAGAUAACACUUCUGAUAAAUAUACAAAUAUUACCGUAAAUAUGUCAAAUAAAAAUAAAGCUGACGAAACUGUUGGCAAUCGUGAAUUAAAUAUGAAUAAUUCUAAAAUUGACGAGUAUCAGAAUAGUGAUAAAUGUACAAAUAUCAUUGUUAGUGUAUCUAAUAAGGAUCAAAUUCGUACGUGUAAUAUUGAAAAUGAGAAAGAACAACCGAAAAAUAAUAAAUAUACUAAUAUUACUGUUAGUAUAUCUAAUAAAGAUCAGAAUCGCUAUGCUACCUGUUCAUCAUCAAAUUUAAAUAAUUUUACAAAUGAUAAUAGCCAAAGUACUGAAGUUAAUUAUCCAGAAAAUAAUCAUUUGAAUGAUGAAAAUAAUUCAGUGUGCAUAGAAAUAAAUAAAAAUGCACACAGUCAAAUAGAAACAAAAUCUUUAAAAGAAGAUAUAAAAAAUAAUAAAAAGGCCAAAAAGUCUAAUAAAGAAAUCAAACUGGCUAAAGCAGGUCAAAAGAAAGGAAAGAAUAAAAAACCAAAGGCUAAUGUUACAACUAGACAACUAAAUAUGGCAAAAGAAAAACUUUCCAAAUUACAAAAUUUGCAAUAUAUUAUUCAGCGAAAAUUAAGUAUGUGCACAUCAGAUGAUCCUUAUUAUUGGAAAACAUUUGUGAAUAAGAUUGGAAAGAUAGUAAAACGUUGUAAAAUAGUACAUAUUACAAAAGCUGUAAGCGUUUUGAAUGAAAAAAUUCAACAAAAUACUUUAAUAAGAAAGAAUAUUUGUAUGCUUGAAAGAAUGGUAUAUAUGGAGCUUCUGCAUCAGAAAGAAAUAAAAAAUUUUUACGAUCGAUUUGAUAAUGCUUCUUCAGAAGGGAAUGUGAAUAUAUGCUACUAGCAUAAUAUUAUUAAUAUAUUUUAUAUUAAUAAUAAGUUGAAUAGUUUUCGAAAGAGAAAUAUGAAUUAUUAUUCAUGAAAUAUAGAUGGAAUGGUAAUGUAUAUUUUAAUUUGGUUUUCUAACUGUAUAAAGUGCAUAUAGAUAUUUGCAUAUCAAUUAUACAGAAAUUAAUUACUGUUAAGUUCAAACUUACAUUUAUGUAACACAUAAAUUAAUAUCCGAUUUUAAUUUUGCAUUUUUAACAUAAUUAUGUCAUAUGCAUUUUCUUAUAA